AUGACGCGAAGGUCCGCUGCCUCUUCAUGCGUCCUUUUGUUUCUGUUGAUCCAAUUCACCCUGCUCAACGCCAAUCCAGUGGUUGCUGACCUCGAAUGGCAACAUCCGCGCCCUUCAUCUCCAAAUUCUCAUCAGGGAUUCCCAAAGAAUGUCCGCUUGUUCACGCCUGAUCAAACCCUCGCAUCAAGAUUCCUUUCUUCUCGCAUUUGGCCGCCCAAGUCUUAUUCUUCCCGCACCGUAGCCGUCGAUCUCCUUGGCGGAAUUACCAAGGUCGGAGAGUACUACACCCGUAUUACAAUCGGCGGUCAGCACGUCCGAGUACAGGUCGACACCGGUUCAUCCACCCUAGCACUUCCCCUCGCCGAAUGCGAUCGCUGCCGCCCUUCGGACCAGCGCUACAACCAACGCCUCUCACACAGUGGCCAUGCUCGGUGGAUAUCCUGUGUCAACGAUCUUUGCGCUUCCGAUACCUGUGCUUCUCGGAAGUGCACGGUGUGCUCCUCCCGCGAUGCUUGCUGCUCAGAGGAAAAUCCUCAAGCUUGUGGUUUUCUUCUCCGAUACGGAGAUGGCUCUUUGGCACGGGGCGGCCUCAUGGUCGACCUCAUGGCAUGGGGGAAUGGCAGCAUCGCGGCUCCUGUAAUUUUCGGUGGUAUUCUUCAUGACUCGGUAGAUUUUGAAAGACCAAUUGUGGACGGGAUAUUGGGGAUGGCCUACGAGGCCCUGGCUUGCAACCCUACAUGUGUAGAACCGCCAUUUCAGCAGAUGGUGAAAGCGGGUGUUGUGGACGACAGCUUUUCAAUAUGCAUUACCGGACAAGGUGGCAAACUUGUUCUUGGCGCAUUCGACGAGGCAAUGGCAAAAGGCAAGCUUACUUACGUGCCACUGGCCCUCUCAGACCCACCCACAUUCUACACCAUGAAUGUUAGCAAUCAUAUCACGGUCGGGGAACGCCAAAUUGCGGUUCCAAACCUGCGCUCUGGUAUACUCGAUAGCGGCACGACGCUUGUCGUUGUUUCCAAAACAGCCUUUCUCAUGCUCCUGGAGCACCUUAUGAAAUUUCAUUGUGACGUACCGGGUAUAUGCGGUACGGAAAAGCCGUGGUUUAUGCCAGCAGCGUGUGUUAAGAUGGAUCCGGAUUUAAUUGCGAAGCUCCCUUCGUUCACGUUUCAUCUUGGAGAAAAUGGUGAAUUUGAUCUAGUACUACGCCCAGAAGAUUACAUGUUGCACAUGGAUAAUCCCGCACAGAGAGGAUACCGCUGUGUAGGUAUAAUGGCAAUGGAAUCAAUGCAAGCAGGGACAGACAUAAUUUUUGGAAACACAGUGAUGCAGAGAUACGUCUCUCUCUACGACAGAAAAAACAAACGCCUUGGUUUUGCAGAGGCAGCGGAGGGAUGCGGAGGGGGAAGCAGUUGCAACUCAUACACGCAAUGCGCCGAAUGCGCCUUGUCUCCUGGUUGUAGUUACAACUUUCAAACGCAGACCUGUAGAGAGAAGCGUGGAAUAGCUGGGCUUGUCCCAUAUCCAGACUGCAGUGGAAGUCGAUGCUUUUGUCGGCUUGGAAGACAGGCAGGAUUGGCAUUCGGUACUGUGGACGGAUUUAUCGGCAGUCUAUUGAUCAUCGCUGUUGGAGUAUUUAUUAUUUUUCUGUACAGCCGGCGGGGGAGCCCAGAUGUGGGAGAGGUUGGCAGAGGCGGUGAUCACGAACCUAUCUACCCUGUGGAUGAUGAUGACGAAGAAGAUGGUGCUAACACAAUCACCGGCGGCAAUGGCGCUAGAAAAAAAUAUCUUCCUGUACCGUCAGAGUAG